GGGCGCAAUACCUUUCGUUCGUCCUUGAUCCCUCAUCCAUCUGGACCAUCCUGCGAGCAGAAGCAUUUCCUCUGCCUAUCAAUUACCCGCCAGAUAAAUCCAAGGCAGCAAUGUCUUAUCGCAUUGAGCUCUCCGCCAACAACCGUGCCGGUUGCCAGGAUGGCGAAUGCAAGAAGAGAGCCGAGAAGAUUACCAAGGGCUCUCUCCGUCUCGGUACCUGGGUAACUAUGCCGGGUGGCGACCACGGAUCGUGGCGAUGGAGACAUUGGGGAUGUGUCUCCGGCAAGACAAUUUCCAAUAUCCAAGACUCUAUCAAAAACAACGAUGAGUUUAGUUGGGAUAUGCUUGAUGGCUAUGAUGAAUUGGACGAGCACGUUGAUAUCCAGGAGAAGAUUCGACGUGUCGUGACCCAAGGUCACAUUGACCCCGAGGAUUUCAACGGGGACCCCGAGUUCAACAAACCCGGCCAGACGGCCAUCCGCGGCCGUGCCAAGAAAACUAAGGCAAAGGACGACGAGCCAGAGGAAGAAGAGGAUAUCCCCAAGAAAAAGUUGACCAAGAAGGAGUCUGCUAAGAACGCCGGCAAGAAGGCCCGAGAGGAGGACGAAGAGGAGAAGCCUCAGCCUGUGAAGAAAACCGCCAAACGAAAGCAGCCUGCUAAGCGUGGCCGCAAGGCAGUAGAGGAGGAGGAGGAGGACGACGACGACGACGACGACGACGAGAAAGAGGAAGAGGUUCAGCCGGCCAAAAAGAAGUCCAGGGGUGUUCGCAAGACCAAGAAGGUCGUCAGCGAAAACGAUGAGGAGCCCGAGGAAGAGCCCGAGGAGAUUGUUCCCGCGAAGAAAGCUCGUGGCAAGAAGGCUGCAAAGGCCUCGAUUCCGCCCCCUGAGGAAGACGAGGAGGAGGAAGAGGAGGACGAGAAGCCUGCUCCGAAGGCCAAGGCCAAGGCCGCGGCUAAGAGUGGUCGCAAGGCCAAGGCUGCCGGAUCCGACGAGGAGGCUCCCGCUCCUAAGGGAAACCGAGGUCGAGGUCGUCCUAGAGGGUAAGGCUUGGAGUCGCCCUCCCCGUCCUUCAACCUACGGAGAGCUCUGGCUAAUCAAAUGAACGGACCCAUGCUAAUCCAAUGAACAGGAAGGACGAUAAGUAAACGUCGUGACUAUUUCCCGCCCUACCACCCGCAGUCAUUUACAGGGUUUCCGUCCGUUGUUGUCUCCGAUCUCUCGCUCGUGACUACCGUCAUUUGGAGGGAACGCGACUGUGCUAGUAGGAAUCAAUUCCGCCAUCUGUGUUUACUAUGCGGCAAAUUCCCGCUUUGCCUCGACGAUCACAAAACCUGACCCAGACGGGCGCUCUCUGUGCCGGACGACCGCGAUUGCAGGGUGAAGCUGCGUGUGAGAGUUGUUACUCUAGGAGAUACCAGUUGAGAACCCAGGUUUUGAUUUGACGGUCGUGGCUCUGCUAUAAGGUGUGAGGUGUACUUAUUCUUAGUUUAAUGAUGAAAGAGAGGAUCGGAACAGAAAGUAUAACGGCCUCUCGCGUGUCUACCGUGUCUCGAGUACCCCCUGAGUCGCCCGAAUGAGCAUAGAGCGAGGCUAUAUACAGACCAGG